AUGUUCAUCAGAUCAAUCUUCUGUAUUAGUACCUACUGUACAAUAUAUGAUAUGACUACCUACUAGUAUGCCCUUCUGUUGCACCAAAGGCAAAAUGAAGCUCAAUAUUAUCAUCAGCUCAACAUGUAGUCUGCUAGUCCUGGCCACCCUCUCUGUCUACGCUGUCAACCUUACCUAGGUAAGGCGUCCAACAUGCACGUAGCCGUCUCAGCUUCGCCUUGCCACAGGCAUCCUGCGUGGCUGGCAAGGCGACAGAAUAGCACGGACACAGAAGCCAAGCUGAGUGCUUACGCAGCCCCGUGAGGGGUUUAUACACAGCUGGAAAGCGCAGUUGAUGGCCCAAGACAGCCGUGUUGUUCAUGAAGUCACGAGAAGCCUUGUCCUUCAACUUGGAGCAGUCCUUGAUUCGGGUUCCAAGCUCCUCAACUGUUUCCAUUCAAAGGGAUAAUGUAAAAACUGACCUGAGAAAAUGGCUAGUAUCGGCAACGUGGUGGCUGCUGGGGUCUCUGCAAGAAACGAGAAUACGCUAGCUCUUGCCAAUGUCAACUUUGAUUUUUCUCUGGUCAAGAUUGAUGCCCCGAAAGAGUUCCUACACCUGGGAAAGGCACUGGCCCCCUGGAGACGCAAGAAUGCCGAGGAAGGGUCAACCCACCGUACUGCUCGUAAACUUGGAGCUUUAUUCGAGCAAAUUGCGAACCCGCCAGAAGAUCUUGUCACAGCGUAUGGCCGCCGGGCAUCUGAAAUAUCACAGGCUCUUGAUGCUCGCGAAGCCGGGAAACAGCUUGGCCUCUUCAGUGAUCAUGCUGGUGUCGAUGCUACGGUUAUAUGGGCCGCUGCAGUCUCUGGAAAGACAGCAAUCUCAAUCGCUUUGCUGGCGUGCAUGCUGGCACGAAUAUGGGACGCCCCCAAAGCCAUCUCCAUCUGGGAUGAGCUUGUACAGAAGCGAAAAGAGCAGAUUCAACAGAUUUGCGAUGGCUCGGAGCUGUCUCAUCAAGCUCUAAUGGCUGCUAGCCGCCAGGAUAUAACUCGAAGGGACCUGGCAGAAUGGGAUGCAAGCGCGCGCUCAUGGCUUGACAUCGCCGACAGAGUCAAGAAGACGGAACACCGGAAAAUGGAAGCCGUGCUUUUGAGACUAUCUCUGCCCGUUGAUAAUAGCACAGAUGUCUUUACUAGUGUCAUCACAGUCUGGAAGACAGCUAUGAUGGCCAUGGAGAAUCUGUGCAAGGGUAUACCGCAACGGGUGCAUAAUGGCGCUGUCCUCCUUGCUAUCACAUCGUGGCAUCUCUAUCCAGAUGUGGAUGUCUUUGGGGGCGGAACAGUAUCCGUUGUACAGAAUGACGCACUGGUCUCUCCUGCUGGACGUCUAACGGUGGGGUUAGAAGAUGCGGAUCCAGACUCUGCAGUGAGCGUACAUUGGUCUCUAUCACUUGCCGGUCUACGUUUUUACGGCGAUGCGGUGUUAACCACGUCCCAUGUAAGGGAUGCCUCCCGCAUCUCCUUCGAGGAGCUAACCCUCAUUUGCCUGGGUAGCCUUUUUUCUGCGUGGAAGUCCAAGCACUUUGAUCCUCUCUUUGACCAAGAAAAGGGGGCAAAACUCAUCGUUGCAUUGUGGAAGAGCGUCGAGCGCAUAGCUUCAGAUGAGACCCAUCUUACUCCCAAAGGUCAAGCCCGGUUCAUCUUAUCCUACCCAAACCAUUGGUUAUCCCUUCUAGCGAAGGCGGCUGCUAAGCUACUUGAAAGUAACAAGGGGGACGAUACAACGGCGCGUAAGCUUGUAUCGCUUGGUGCCCGCCAGGGACGUUCAUUACUUCUUGGAAACAUGGCGGACGAUCUUCCUCCCUUUUUUGGCUUACUUGACGCCAGAAAUUGGCCGCAAUUUGCACUAGAUGGGAAGUCAGUUCAUUUACUUCGUGAGCUUGCGAGGAAGUUGAAAAUCAAUGAAACGAAUUAUAGGGCUAUCAUUCACCUAGGUUGUGAGAAGUGGCAAGAUACUACUAAGCCCGCGUCGGCUUCUCUGGUACAGCCCUGGACAGCAUCUAAACAGGAUAAGUUCACGACAGUUUUCCCGUUACGAGAGCUUAGUCUAGACAAAGAAGAGGUCUACGAGAAACAUGUGUGUUGGAUAUCAGCUUCAUCUAAUCUAUCUGGGCAUGACUUUUCAAACAGUGAAUUGAGGUCGUUUGAACUCGAAAAGAUCAUCAGGCGGGACUCCGUUGUUCGCUGUGCACGCUCGAUCUGGGAAUUCGAAAUCAAGAAUGCCGUAAGGCUCUUCGAGAAUGCGGUAAAACUAUUCGUCCCUGAUGGAGUCGAUGAGCUACACCGUUUGCUCGGUAAUGAGUCGAAAGGGCUCUAUAUCUGCCCCAAAAAUAUCCGUGAGAAAAUACCAAAGACGUCGAAACCGAAGCGACCUCGAAAGCCAGUGGACGCAUCACAUAUGCCAACAAAUAUGACGUUCGACGAUGUGAUAUCGCUGAUUGAAUCCGACCUGCUUAACUCAGGACUUUUAGUUCUCUAUGUCUCGUACUCAGAAAGUCCCCCUAAGGCUGAAUCGCAGAAGAAUGAUCUUAAAGUAGACGAAGAUAUACCACCAUGGAUGUUUAAAAUUGGCAGUCCCUCCAGCCCGUAUGGUGUUACAAACCCGGAGCAAAACACUUCAAAUUUGGUAAUAGACGGGACUCUCGGGUUGGAAGAACGUGCUAGAAGCGACUUUGAACCCUCAGACAACGGCGAAGCAGACGAUAGCGGAAGCGAUAUAGAUGAGCGCUUGAAAGAAGCCUCGAAAGAAAUGGAAAGAAAUGACUUAUUGAGUGCUCUACGCAUUAAAUCUCCGGCAUUCGCUACAUCCAUGCACGCGCUGUCUGUAGCAGCGAACAUAUGGUGGUAUCUACCUGACGCCACCAUCUCUUUGAAUAUCAUCAACCAUAGUUUAUGCUCAGCGCCCUGGGUCCCCGAAUUCGUCAACUACGACAGAGCUCGUGGUAGGCUUCGCGUUUAUGCUCUGUCUCAUGUUGCUCAUGCGAAGCCCAUCGUCGAUGUCGCAAGCGCAUUCUCCUGCAUCGUCAUGUUAGAGACGGGUGGCUUGGCCAUUCCGCCUGCACAGCUAAAGAACGUCUUUGCCAUCUCUAUCAGGAAUACCAUCUACGCAGCUGCCGCCCUGCUCGCCGACCCGUAUACCCUUUGUCCACAGCAUGAGAUGCGAAUGAUUUACGGGAACGUUGGCCGUCCAGGUGUAUCUAUGAUGAUUCCACCUGCCAGCCCAUUACUCCGAAAGCCCAAGCUCGAAUCCUGGAGAUUGAUCAAUCAUGAGCCUUUCACCUACAGCCAGUGCGAUAACAUGUUUGGUAGAACAAGCCUACAUCUAGCCUUUACGGGCUACGAACAGCCAGUGGUGACCACUGCGAAGCAUGGCGCUCGGGACCUAGAAGCAUGCUACCUCGAGACUGUCGUGACAGUCUUCGACGGACGCGAAAGAGUUGGCGAUCUGGAUAUCCUCGGCGCGAUCGACAAUGCUGUGUUCGAUAUCAUGCCUACGAACACUGCGUGUGCACACCCUUCCCGGCCAUCACAGUGCCCCAGAUGGAUCGUGGUGGCUUCAUGGGAAGAACUUCUGGAACUACCCAGUGGCAAAGUCUUCCUUGUCAAGGCUCAUGGAAACGCGCUGUCCAGGUUAGCCACUGCUGUAGUAUGUGUGCAGAAAGGCGUCGGUCGAUGCUUCAUACUACCCCCUGAUCCGUGCUAUUCUUGUGUUGGGGAGGCACUGCGAAAUCAAGUCCCGGAUGACUCGAUAGUUUUGAUUUGUUAAAGAAUGGAUCUCGUAGUUUACUUGGGUUGAAUCGUGAGGUGUAACACUACUUGUCAUCUCUUUUUGUCGGUGAUCAAGUGUGAGCAUUACGUACUUGAACUAUUCUAACUUGUCACUCAUUAAUCAUUGGUUUUACUGCGGAUCUCAUCCUCAUAUCUAGGCCGAGAUCGUAUGUUCUAUUUUUGAACUAUGUAGAUGAUUCAUUGCAUUUGACGUUUCACUCGGAAUUAUGAUCAACUCUAUCAACUCUGACCAAAAUCAGAGUCAUGGUGUUGUUCAAUGCCGUGACGCUUUUUAUACGAUCCGAUCUAUCUAUCUAUCUAGACAUUUAUUUGACAUACCUAUAAUGCCUUCAACAAAAUAGACGAGGCGAAGACUAGAUGUCGAGAACUUAUUAAUGCCACAUUGAAGGCGCAAUGAAUGGCUUGAAUGGGUUGAGUAUUCAGUAACUAUUUAUAAUACAUCGAUCGUCAUCAUCCUCGUGAGGAAUAC